CUGGUGGGAUUGUUGUUAGUGUAAAAUGAAAACAAGUUGUCCCAGUUGCCGGUUCAGGAGCUUUUUUUGAACUCUCCUCUCUCUCUCUCUCUCUCUCUCUCUCUCUCUCUCUCUCUCUCUCUCUCUCGUUCUAACAACAACAGUACAGCACAUUACUACUUUAGACUUCCAACUCAUCACACUGCAACGACGGACUUCUUUCUUUAACAGGUUAUUCAGUAUAAACUAGAAAGAUUGGAGCUUUGAAGUCUAAAUUGCAGUGUGUGUGUCAAUAGAACAGAUGCAAUUGAGGUCUUAGAGUUUGGGUUACUUAGUGUGUGGUGAUUCUUGGGUAUGGACUUGGCCAAUUAUUCUGAAUCUUCAACUGUGCCUUGUAAUUGUUUCAAAGUUGCGGGUUUGACCGAGACGAUUUUGGAGUCGACCCAGGUUUCAAACUUUAAGGACCGCUAUGUUCUUGGAGAGCAUUUAGGGUUGGGACAAUUCGGUAUCAUUAGGGCUUGUUCGGAUAAGUUGACUGGUGAAGUUUUGGCUUGCAAGUCUAUAUCUAAAGAAAGAUUAGUAACUGCAGAGGACCUGCGUAGUGUUAAGCUAGAGAUCGAAAUUAUGACCAAGUUAUCUGGCCACCCCAAUGUGGUGGAGCUUAAAGCUGUGUACGAGGAAGAAGAUUAUGUGCAUCUUGUUAUGGAGCUUUGUGCAGGAGGGGAGCUUUUUCAUCGGCUUGAAAAACAGAUGAAGUUUAGCGAGUCUCAGGCUAGAAUUCUUUUUAAGCAUCUGCUUCAAGUGGUUAUGUAUUGUCAUGAUAAUGGUAUUGUUCAUAGAGAUCUAAAGCCGGAGAAUAUCUUGUUGGCCACAAAGUCUUCUUCCUCACCAAUCAAAUUAGCAGACUUCGGCCUUGCAACCUAUAUCAGACCUGGGCAAUAUCUUUACGGGACUGUCGGUAGCCCAUUUUAUAUAGCUCCAGAGGUACUCGCAGGAGGUUAUAACCAAGCUGCUGAUGUGUGGAGUGCCGGGGUCAUACUCUACAUUCUUUUAAGUGGUGUACCUCCUUUUUGGGGAAAGACGAAGUCGAAGAUCUUUGAUGCUGUAAGGGCAGCAGAUCUACGGUUUUCUUCGGAUAUUUGGGAUCACAUAUCAGUAUGUGCCAAGGACUUAAUAUCAGGAAUGCUCUGUGUUGAUCCAUCCAAGAGGCUUACAGCAAAGCAGGUUCUAGCUCAUUCUUGGUUAAAAGAUCCGGUACAUUCCAGCGGGGAGCAGUUGAAGCAAUUGAACCUAAAUUUUGGGCAAUCAGAGGCAAUUACUAGUUGUCUUUCAAACCCACAGUUGGCAAUGAACGAGGUCUACUACUGCAGUGACGUAUCACCUGCAGUAGUUGAUACCAACUUAAGCUUGGAGAUUUCACCAGUAUUUACCUGCAAAUCAUCAUUUUCUUCUUUCUUGGUUGACCAAAGAACUCCUUGCUCGAUAUCUGGAGGGUUUUCUUUUAGCAGCAGCUAUGAACCUAAUAUACCAGAUUUUUCAUCCCCGAUUCCGUCAAUGCCAAGUUUCACCUUUUUCAGUCCAUGUUCUACUGUUCAGCAAAGCAAUAACUCAUUGGCUCGUGAAGGAAAAUUGCCAACAUCUGAUAAAGAUCCAGGGGUACCAAAAUUUGUGCUGCCUGAUCUUGAGGACGAGCUUGGGGUAGUGGAGCUCAGGACAGAACGUCAGAGAGGGGAAUGGAAAAGUGAACCUAUGCCUACAAGCAUCCGUAGCAAAAGGAAUCACACAAUCGGACUUGGCGAACUUGAUCCUAUAGAUUUAAUAGUGACUGAAUCUGUUAUUCGUUGGGCUUCGUGCACAAAUAUCGUUGGCUCAUCAUCUCUGAGGUCAUCCUUGGUGUGCUAGAAAGGUGAAGAGGUAAUAGUUUAUAUCAAUCUAAAUACAUCAUUGGAUCUGAGGAGCUGAACUCGGGGAGUGUAAAAGCGUGCAUCCCUUUGUUAUUGAAAUUCCAUGAGUGGUGAUGCUUUUCUGAUUGAGCAGGGUUGCCCAUAAUUCUGUAUUCAUCUGUUUUGAGUUGGAAUUGCAGCUUGUUGGUUUCAUUUUUUAGACAGUUUAGAUAUAAGUUUGAAGAUGUGUAAAAACAAUUGACUCGGGUAUGAAAGUUUUGUUAUCUUCUUUGUUUC